UGGUAGUAAAUACGUUGUCGUUUACUAAUGAACUAAAAUGCCAAAGAAAUCGGGUAAAAACUCAAUGCAAUAUAAUGCUGGGGAUCUUAUAUUCGCAAAAAUGAAGGGCUACCCCCACUGGCCAGCCCGUAUAGACGAUUUACCAGAAGGGGCUGUUAAACCACCCGCAAGAAAAUAUCCAAUAUUUUUCUUCGGGACUCAUGAAACGGGGUUUUUAGCAGCGCAUGAGGUUUACCCGUAUGAGGAUUAUAAGGAGAAGUAUGGACACCCAAGGCCUAGGCCAUUCUUCAAUGACGGGCUUUGGGAAAUUGAAAACGAUCCGACCGUGAUGUUCCGUGGACGUGGGAGCGCUGUGGUAGAGGAUAAAGUGGAAGGGGAAGAAGAAGCUCAGAGUGAUGAGGAACCUCAAGGAGCAGAGGAAGAGACGGCGGCCGUGGAGGAAGAUUUUGAUGACGAAGAUGAAGAAAGUUCCGAUAACGAGUCAAGCGCGGAUGAAUAUGUUGCUCCAGAUGCCGGGGUGAUGGUUAAGCCCUCUAAGAAGAAAAAGAUCCGGAGCGAGAGUCCGGAGGAUAGUGGGUCCGAUGCUUCAGAUGUGGAAGCACCUCCUCCAAAAAGAAUGAAGAAAGAGAAGAAAAAGUCGGAUAAGCCAAGAAAAUCUGAUUCAAAGCCGAAGAAAAGUUCGAAGAAAGUGAAGCCCCUUCCCACUGAGCUGUCGGAUGGGUUGAGUAGCUCGGAUGCUGAGAGUGGGGAAGAUAUUGUGUCUUCUUGGAAGAAGAAGGAUGCGGAGCGUAAAAAGAAGCAAGAGAUGGAGACAAUGAAAAGAAUUGACGAGGAGAAUAAAAAGAUGAAAGAAAUUGAAAAAAGUGCGAGGAAAAAACCUCGAGAGACUGAAGAGGAAAGCAGUUCAAAGAAAAAGUCUUCGAAAAAGCAUUCUAAAGAGAGAAAGAGGUCGAGAAGUGAAGAGAAAAAGAAGUCAAAACAGGAGAAGAAACGACACUCGAAACCAGAAGCCCCAAAGCCAGUUAAACGAAAAGUAACAAAGACCCCAAGUUCGUCUGAAAACGAAGAAGAAAUUGAAGAAGUGAAAGAAGAUGCAAGCCCUGUGGCUGAAGUGUCAGCUGUCACUGGUGAAUUACAACCACAACAGCAGAUGGAAAUCUACGAAACAAAGCUAAAAACAGCGUUGACCGUUGAGAAUCCAGAUAUAACAAAAGCGCUUGCGAUUUUAGACCAAAUUGACCAGAUACCCAUAACUGCUGCUCUGCUUAAGAAAUGCCAGUCGCUGGUUACUACUGUGAAAAAGAUACGAAGGUACAAAGCAAGCCAAAAAAUCAUGGACAAAUCGGAUAAGGUUUAUCACAGAUUCAAACUCGUGUUUACUGGUCUCGAAAACGGAGCUGCAGUCACAGCAGCUGCUGUAAACGCGGGUACCAAGGACAAAGAACCAGCUGCUGCAGAUGAAAACACAAACACGGAGCCCCCACCUUAAUAUAAUGCGACUUAACUUGUAAUGUAUAAUCAUGGUGCCCAUGUACUUGUACAUGGUGUGAUUUUAUGCCACCCCAGUAAAUUAGUUGAGUAAUUAAUAUUCUAUUCACUUUCAAAUCAGGUAAGUAUUUUAAAUUUGUUUUACCAUUUUAUUUUACUGCCUCAGUGUGUUUGGACAACCUACAAACAAUACAAUAUUAUAAAGUCACCAUUUAAAUUGGUAAACACUAAAAGAUUCACAGAUUUAGUUAAAUGUAUUUGUGGGUAACGUGUACAAAGUGUAAUUAGUGUAUUAAGCGUGGCAUUCUCGUUUGUUUCUUGUUUCCAAUCUUACAGAGCUUUAGCCUGUAAGUGUCCUUGUUUUUUUAAUACAGAAAUGUACAACA